AUGUUGAGUACGCAUCAUAGUCAACAAAAAAUUAUUCAACGCGAGCAGAGUAAAGUACCCGGAGAGAAAUGGUCCCUCAACGAAAAAGUCACUACCUCCACAAUAAAAGAAUAUGGCAUCUAUCAAGGAAAAAAUUUCCGCGAAGCAUUGACCGACGAUUCAAAACGCUCAGACAAGAAGAAAUCCAAAAACGUUCGUCCGCGCGCGCCCGUGCGCAUGGCCGAAGUCAAUGACCUAACAGUUCCUGAACAAAACUAUCGAGAGCACCUGACCGAGCUACACAAGCUGCCGCCUUUCAUGCGAAUCUGUAGCGCGCAAAACAUUCUGACGUAUUGCGGCCAGCAACACACAAAAGCCCAGUUGCUCCUUACCGUGCCUACGUGUCGAGUUCCGCCGCGGCAUUCCGUCUUUGCCAAAGUGUCGUUAAAUGUUGGACCAGGAGAUUAUGAGUGGUUUAUAGUGCCCGAAUGGUGGCAUGUUGAAUUCCGCGAAUUGCUGUGUCAGCAAGGCAAGACAUUUUCCGACAGCUGGUGGCCGGAUCUCGAAGCUUGCGCUAAACAUUCCAUACCUAUUUAUAGAUUUAUACAGAAACCUGGAGAUUUAGUUUGGGUCCAAUCAGGGUCAAUUUAUUGGGCUCAGUCUCUCGGAUGGUGUAAUAAUAUUAUGUACAACGUUGGUCCACUCACUGCCUACCAGUACCAGAUAGCAAUCCAAAUAUAUGAAAAGUCCCUGAUGAACUCAAGUUUACCUUCAUGCCCUAUGUUCCACAUAACCUGGAGUCUGGCCCGACUGGUUCGCGUUUCAGACUUCAGGAUGUACUCACAAAUCAAGGUAAAUCUCUCGUCUACUGUCGCUCACGCUAAUCUUGUCUAUUAG